AUGUUCCUCAAGUUCAACAAUCAACUGGGCCCUCCAUUUCACGUGCUUGUCGACACGAACUUUGUUAACUUUGCGGUGAAGAAUAGACUUGACGUGAUUCAAGGCUUUCGAGAUUGUCUCUAUGCGCACACGAUUCCCUACAUAACGGAUUGCGUCAUGGGUGAACUGGAAAAAGCCGGACGCCGGUUCAAAAUCGCUUUAAAGGUUAUAAAAGAUAACCGGUUUCAACGUCUGAAAUGCGAUCACAAGGGCAUUUAUGCUGAUGACUGCUUAGUGCAACGCGUCACUCAGGUAUCAUCCCAUGUGCUUACUAUUUUUUUGAAUAUGGCGUUCUUCGCUGUAUAG